UGCCCGGAUCCGCGGGUUCAUGUCGCAGGAGGGUACCGUCUUAUAUCCCUUGCAACGCGUUUUUUGACCGGUCGCUGUUGCGCCAGACCUGUUCUUCUCCAACCUAUAGGAGCAGCAAGCAUGGCCUCUGAAUAUCAGCUAGACAGCAAGACUAGCGAUGUCAUUGAGACGAAGCAAGCCGAUCUCGACGUGGAUGGCGAUCUCCUCGAACAGAAUGAUGAUUUGAAACAGCAACACCUCAUCGCCGAGCAGAAGGAACUCACUCCGGUGGAAGCCUUCAAAUGGAAUGUCGAGGGAGACCAGUCACCCUUUCCGGAAGUGGCCGCCUGCGUGCCGAACACUGAUGAUCCUAGUCUACCCUGCAAUACUGUCCGUGCGUGGAUUUUGACCACAAUUUUUGUUAUGCUGUUUGCGGGUGUGAACCAGUUUUUCAGUUUGCGAUACCCCUCUCUCACUGUGCAAUAUGUUGUCGCCCAGUUGCUUGUCUUCCCCAUCGGACGAGCAUGGGAAAAGCUGCCUCGAUGGCGGGUGCCGCUAGGAAGGCUGUCCUUCGACCUCAACCCAGGACCAUUCAGCAUCAAAGAACAUGCCUUUAUUGCCAUUUGUGUCAACAUCAGCGCCAGCACGGCGUAUGCUUCCGGCUCACUGGUAGCCAUCGUUAUGCCGCAGUACUGGGGCAAGGAUUACGGGGCAGGAUUCUCAUUUUUGUACCUCUUGACAUCGCAAAUGAUGGGGUUCGGCCUUGCUGGCAUGGCCCGUCGUUGGUUGGUCUAUCCCGCGGCCUUGAUCUGGCCUCAGUCGCUGUCUUCGACCAUUCUCUUCCGUGCCCUUCACGAGCCCGAAAAUCGCGCUCCGGUCAAUGGUUGGAAGCUCAGUCGCUACCGCUUCUUCGGAUAUGCGACUCUUUUUGCCUUUGUGAUUUAUUGGUUCCCCGAUUACAUCUGGACCAGUCUCAGCACGUUUGCGUUCGUCACCUGGCUUGCGCCGCAUAACCAAAAAGUCAACACUAUCUUCGGAAUGAACUCUGGUCUCGGACUGCUGCCGAUCAGUUUCGAUUGGACGCAGAUCAACUACGCCGGGUACCCUCUCAUGACGCCUUUCUACAUCACCUGCAAUGCCUUUGCGGUGGUGGUCUUCUUCUACCUUUUCCUCUCGCCCAUUCUGUACUACAAGGACGUCUGGUUCAGUGCCUACCUCCCUCUUCUAUCGUCGUCGACGUUUGACAACACCGGUAGCUCGUACAAUGUAUCGCGGGUUAUCGAUGCCAACGGAGACUUUGUCCUCAGCCAGUACAAGGAGUACUCUCCCAUGUACAUUUCCAUGUCAUACUCGCUCACCUAUGGUCUGUCGUUUGCGGCCGUGACGGCCAUUGUGGUCCACACCUACCUUUACAACGGUUCCGAGAUCUGGGCCAAGUUUAGAAACUCCCGUCAUGGAGGGGAGGAUAUCCACCGUCGGUUGAUGCACGCAUACCGCGAAGUGCCAGAUUGGUGGUAUGCAGUCUUGUUUGUGAUCAUGGCCGGACUGGGUAUCCUGACUGUCAGAUAUUGGGAGACCGGUCUGCCGGUGUGGGGAUUCAUCGUUGUCUGCUGUGGCAUGGGUGUGGUCUUGAUUAUUCCGGAGGGCAUUCUCGAAGGGACUACUAACCAGCGAAUCUUCCUGAACAUCAUCACCGAGUUGAUUGCAGGAUACGCGUGGCCGGGAAAGCCGAUCGCCAACAUGAUGGUCAAGUGCUAUGGCUACAACUCGGUUAAGCACGGAAUGGACUUUGCCCAGGAUCUCAAGCUUGGACAGUAUAUGAAAAUCCCCCCUCGUGUUCUCUUCUUCGGUCAGGUGUAUUCCAGUAUCCUGGCUACCAUGACCCAGACCGGCGUCCUCCGAUGGAUGAUGGGACAUAUUCAAGGACUGUGCGAUACGAACAAUGCCCAGCGUUUUACCUGUGCCGGUUCGAAGGUCAUGUACAACGCCAGUCUGAUUUGGGGGACCAUCGGUCCGCAGCGCAUGUUCCAGUCGGGACAGGUGUACCACUCGCUAAUGUAUUUCUUUUUCAUCGGACCCGUGGUGACGGUAAUCGUAUGGCUCAUCUACCGCCGGUACCCCCAGAGUUGGGUACGGUACAUCAACGUUCCGAUCUUCUUCAACGCGGCGGGCAACAUUCCUCCUGCCAAUACCACUCAAUACUCCCUCUGGUUCCUAUUCGGGUUCCUCUUCAACUACCUCAUUCGCAAGCGCGCCUUUGCCUGGUGGAAGAAGUACAACUACCUCUUCCAAGCCGCCAUGGACACUGGCACAGCCAUCGCCACCAUUCUCAUUUUCUUUGCCCUCGGAUACACCAAUACCACCUUCAACUGGUGGGGUAACACGGUGGGAUCCAACACGGAUGAUUCCAAUUCAGUGCCGUGGCUGAAAGUGGCCAAGGGUGGACAUUUCGGAAAAGGGCCUGGAGAGUUUUAAUGGGUUGCUAAGGUUGCU